UUGUACAGCAGUGUUGGAGGCCUCUUUGUUCUCCUGCACACCCAGCAGGGACACAGAUCUGUCUUCAUAGUGCAGCUGCAGCCAGCCUCCCCCCUUUUUUCCUCUCUGUGCUCUAUCAGUCCGCGCAUGCGCAGUAGCUCCUCUGUGCGCUCCACUGUUUGCAUUGUGUCUGAACUGCCGGCGAGCUUUUUUAAAAAAACAAAACAUUAAACCCACCGCGGCAAUGUCGGGCAGGUCGGUCCGAGCUGAGACCCGGAGCAGGGCCAAAGAUGACAUCAAGCGGGUCAUGGCCGCUAUUGAGAAAGUACGAAAAUGGGAGAAGAAAUGGGUGACUGUUGGAGACACAUCACUCCGCAUCUACAAGUGGGUGCCGGUGACGGAGCCCAAAUCAGAUGAUAAGAACAAAAAUAAGAAGAAGGGUAAAGACGAGAAAUACGGCUCCGAGCUGACGACUCCAGAGAACAGCUCCUCUCCAGGGAUGAUGGACAUGCACGAUGACAACAGCAACCAGAGCUCCAUCGCCGACUCGUCCCCGGUGAAACAGGAGAACAGUUGUAGCACCAGCCCGGCCCCGGAGCCCGCCGCCACGUCCCACCGCGAGACCAGCAGCGAGGCCAAGACUGACCAGAGCCCCGACAGCAAGCGGGGUAAGACCUCCCCUCCAUCAGAGACCUCAGAGAGAGCACCAAGUGCCAAGAGAGACAGUCUGUCCUCAGGGGACAAGGACUCCUCAGACAGCAAAGCCACUCAGGACCUAGAGGAAGAGGCCCCGCCCACCAAGAAAAGCAAAGGGGAGUCUUCGUCUCAGGACUUUGAGGAGAGUUAAAUGUUUGAGGGGGUCGUUCCUCCUCCUCCCCCUCCUCCCUCCCUCUGCACCUCCCUCCAUUAACUCUAGAUACAUUAGGGCUAAUGGAUACACCGGCUCUCCUCUCACUACCCCCCUCCCCCCGUCCUCACACUCCUCUGCCACAGAGGGAGAAUAAUGGAUAUUACCUCUAUUCGCUGGUCUCUCCUCCGUGCUUCCUUCCAGUUCUCCACACUUCUUUCACCAAUGCCAAGAGAAGCUCUCCUUUGUAACC